AUGGUUACAGAUGACGAUGAACGUCGUGUUUACGACAAAUCACCCUCUUUCACACCUUUCUGGUGUGAACUCGAUCUUUCGGUCAACUGGCUCAUCCCAUCCGCCGCCUGCACCUACCGACAGACCUCUUCGACAGCGCCUAUUGACAGUAAAGAAGAGUCGUCUCUAUGGCACCCAUCACAAGGCAACUUUCGUGUCCCAGAGAGGACCAUCUCAUCGCAUCUUCACACCUUUGCCCAUCGUAAAUAG